CCAACGGCUGUUAAUGGAUUCUUCUCGUUUCUUCUUCGUCUGCUCCAACUGAUCUCUCUGGAAGCAGAGCCCAUCUUGCCAUCCAUUAACCUGCUCAGAGCUCGAUCAUACCCGGCCUCUUCUCGCUUGAAUCAUUUCGCGGCCAACUUCCGAUCAUCUAUCUGUUGACUGAACCAAUCCUUGAUCAUCAUCGAACUGAAAUGGGGAGCUCGGACAGGAACUUGUGGAAGCUGGAGGACCACCCGAAGCUGCCGAAGGGGAAGCCGGUAGCUGUGGUGGUGCUGGACGGAUGGGGGGAGGCCUCGCCCGACCCCUACAACUGCAUCCACGUCGCGGACACCCCAACCAUGGACUCCCUCAAGAAGGGUGCCCCAGAGAAAUGGCGUUUGAUAAAGGCUCAUGGGACCGCAGUAGGGCUUCCAUCGGACGAUGACAUGGGAAACAGCGAGGUCGGUCAUAACGCGCUCGGUGCGGGACGGAUUUAUGCUCAGGGUGCAAAGCUCGUGGACCUCGCCCUUGCUUCCGGGAAGAUUUAUGAAGGAGAAGGUUUUAAGUACAUACAGGAGUGCUUCAAAAAUGGCACGUUGCACCUGAUCGGAUUACUAAGUGACGGCGGUGUCCAUUCUAGGCUCGAUCAGCUGCAAUUGCUGCUCAAAGGAUCAGCCGAGCACGGCGCCAAGAGGAUUCGAAUUCAUUUCCUCACUGAUGGGCGAGACGUUGUGGACGGCUCAAGUGUAGGCUUUGUGGAAACUCUUGAGAACGACCUUAGGCAGUUACGCGAGAAGGGAGUUGACGCACAAAUUGCGUCUGGUGGUGGUCGGAUGUACGUGACCAUGGACCGUUAUGAGAAUGACUGGGAUGUCGUUAAACGGGGAUGGGAUGCACAAGUUCUCGGCGAAGCACCUUACAAGUUCAAGAGCGCCAUCGAAGCGGUGAAGAAGCUCAGGGAGGACCCCAAGGCCAACGACCAAUAUCUGCCUCCCUUUGUGAUUGUUGAUGAAAAUGGCAAACCUGUUGGUCCUAUAGUGGACGGCGAUGCUGUGGUCACUUUUAACUUCCGCGCAGAUCGCAUGGUCAUGCUCGCAAAGGCACUCGAGUAUGAAGAUUUUGACAAGUUUGAUCGAGUACGUUUCCCUAAGAUCCGUUAUGCUGGAAUGCUUCAGUACGAUGGAGAAUUGAAGCUCCCGAGCCAUUUCCUCGUCUCUCCACCUGAGAUACAGAGGACUUCCGGGGAAUAUUUAGUGCAUAACAGUAUAAGAACAUUUGCUUGCAGUGAGACUGUGAAAUUCGGCCACGUCACUUUCUUUUGGAAUGGGAAUCGAUCCGGUUACUUCAACCCUGAACUGGAGGAGUACGUGGAGAUUCCGAGCGACAUUGGUAUUCCAUUCAACGUGCAGCCGAAAAUGAAAGCACUGGAGAUUGCUGAGAAAGCCAGGGAUGCCAUCCUCAGCAGAAAAUAUGAUCAGGUUCGGGUAAACAUACCAAAUGGUGACAUGGUAGGGCACACAGGAGAUGUCAAAGCAACGAUCAUAGGGUGCAAGGCUGCCGAUGAGGCUGUGAAGCAGACAAUCCUUGAUACCGUCGAGCAAGUGGGGGGAAUAUAUGUUGUUACUGCAGAUCAUGGGAAUGCCGAGGACAUGGCCAAGAGGAACAAGUCGGGACAGCCUCUCGUUGGCAAGGAUGGCAACGUUCAGAUACUCACUUCUCACACACUUAGGCCGGUUCCUAUAGCGAUUGGAGGCCCUGGAUUGCUGCCAAGCGUCAGGUUCCGCAAGGACAUACAAGAAGCCGGGCUUGCCAAUGUAGCAGCCACAGUAAUGAACUUUCAUGGCUUUGAAGCUCCCAGUGAUUAUGAGCCAACCCUCAUCGAGGUAGCAGAUAAUUAGAGGAUGUGGAAGCAUUGUAUUCGCGAUAUGAGUCUUACACUCCGAACUAGAUAAUGAUCAUGCAGAACCGUGUUAUUGAAAAAUAAGACACAGAAGGGUCGAUCAUUCGAUUGUCACAUGCCGAGUUUGGGAUGCUGAUAUUUUCAGUACUUGAAAGAUACAUAUGUAGAACUUUGUCUGAUUGUUUCCUGAGGAGAACUCUUCGGCUUAAAGCAUUUGACUAUGAAGUAAUGGAAAUUUUUCUCCCGAUUAAACUC